UCGUAGCUUCAGUCAGAAGGGAGUGGCAUCGGGAGUGGAAUUUCACUUCCUGUUGUUUCUCAGGUGAGUCAUCUGAGAAAUGUUGUCAAUGCUCCGGUUUGAGUCGACAUCAGAGUUUCAUGUGUGUUCCUUUUUUAUUAUUCUGUGGAAGCGCUAAGGGUACCUGGAUUUGACUACCAGGAAGUAAUUCUUCAGUCACUUUCGUGAGGACUACGUUUGGAGGACGGAAAGCUUGUGUUUCACUCCUUGUGCGGAAAGAACCCACCUUUUUAAAUAAGACUGACACUUUUUCUUCUCAAUUUGACUUAAGAUUUCUUUCACACAACUUCUGCUUUUAACUGACUGGGAACUUCGAGGAGACAAUUAGAAUGAAUUUACUUUUUGGAUGCCACUUCGCAGCGCUCUUCUUAGUUGGCUUUUUACACCUCACCGCUGGCCAGAGCACUGCCGAGACCUGCAUGUCCAAAUUCGAUAGAGGUAAAGAGAACUUUAUGCUCAAUGCCAAUGAAUCGGUGAAUGAAGGGGCCACGUUUCUCUCGUCGCCGAAAGUGGGGAGUUACAUGGACUGCGUAGUGUCCUGCUGUAAGGACCCGAGGUGCAACGUCGCUCUGAUGGAGAAACAAGGCGAGGACACCAUUAAAAUCUGCUAUUUGUUUGACUGCUUAUACAACAAGAUAAACGCCUGCCGCUUUGUCAAGAAGUCAGGAUAUUUCAGUUACGUCCUGAAGUCUCUCUCCAAGGAACUCAUCAGACACGAUGGUACUACAGAAGAAAAAAAGGACUCUCCGCCAGUGGCCAUUGCAGGUCAUGACAUAGUGGCCCAGCCUAAGGAGAGUGUGACACUCAGUGGCUUCCAGAGCAGAGAUGAAAAUGUGCAGACUUUAACCUUCAAAUGGACCAUGGUUACCGUUUACCCAUAUGCGAUCAUUGAGGAUACAAGUUUUCCUGAUCAGAUCACUGUGUCCAAUCUAACUUCUGGAAAGUACACGUUUAAACUGACAGUCACGGACACUGCUGGUCAGUCAGACAGCACUACGAUCAACGUCCUGGUCCUGACCCCUGAGGAGUCAGAGCACCACUGCAUGGUUCCAAAGAAAGUUGGUCCGUGCCGUGGUUCAUUCAAACGCUGGCAUUACAACGCUGCCUCUGAGAAGUGUGAGGAGUUCAUCUUUGGGGGUUGCCUGGAGAAUAAGAACAACUACAUUAAGGAGGACGAAUGCAAGAAAGCCUGUCAUGGCACAGGUGGUCCAUCUGGGCGAGGUCUGCAUAUUGCAGGAGAAAAGUGUGGAGCUCCAUGUACCGCUGAUCAAUUCAAGUGUGAUAAUGGUUGCUGUGUGGAUAGAGGACUGAAGUGCGAUGAAACGGCACAAUGCACGGAUGGAUCAGACGAGAAGAACUGCUAUGACUUUCAAAGCAACUUUCGUACUCUGUUGGACCUUAAGUUGGCUGGAAAAAGAGUGCACUGUACGGAUGAGCCAGAAACAGGAACUUGCAGGGAUAGCUUUACAAAGUGGUACUAUGAUCCCCGGUCGCAGAGUUGCACCCGCUUCAAUUACGGAGGCUGUGACGGAAACGAGAACAGAUUUGAAUCUCAGCAACAAUGUAUGCAAGAAUGUAAUGGUGUGACAGAAGAAGAUAUGUUUGACAAACAGAACAAAGCUGAGAAACAAGAGACCGACUCCAAUACAAGUAUUAUUGCCAUUGCUAUUGUCCUGGGUAUAGCAAUCGCCAUUGUCCUUGCCAUCCUGGGGUACUGCUGGCUGAAGAACAGACAGCCCAGCCACUCCCUGGUGUCUACUAGCAGCAAACCUCUGUGAAACCAUCUUACUCUCUUCUAAAUGCUUUAUCACAAAGACUCUGUGUUUGGAAGUGCAGGAAGACUUGUUUUUUCUUCUAAUUAAGUCUGUAUGUAGAUAUGUUUUGAAGAGGAUGAAUUCAAAAAGCAGAAAGUCUUUGAAGAAAUGUGAAGUGUUGCUUUAAGUGCUGCAUGCUACUGGAAUAAAUUGACACAGGAAUCUGUAAGAUGAGGUUAAGUGGGAAGGAUACAGGGGUGCCCAAAGUGGGUCCUCGGGGGCCUGUAUAUUUCAGUUCUCUCCCUGGUGGUAGUAACAACCUUUUCAGCAUUGUCAGUGUUCUUCUUAGGCCUUCUAUCGAGCCAUCAUUGGAUCCAGGUGCGUUAAACCAUGGAGAGAACUUAAACAUGCAGGAUGCCGGCCCUCGAGGACCCACUUUGGGCACCCCUGGAUCAGAACAUCAUGGCAGAGCAUCAGAAGAAACCCUCCCAUUAGAAUGCAAUAUUUGAUGUUUUCCUCCUUUCAUUUUGUAUCAGUUCUAAUUUAACAACUUUUACUGUUUAUUGUACAUUUGAAAGCAAAACUCCUUUCAACCAAACCCAGGAGAUCUCGUUUAUAUGUACACUUUUGACAUGAACAUGUUUUGUUUCUUGCAGGUUUCUUACUUUAACCUUAUUUUACACAUUGUUGUUACAUUCCAUUGAAUUUCACCCACAUGCAAACUGUUGUACAUAAUCUUGGGUUUAAAAAAAUAUUUUCUUAGAAGAACUUUUAUCAAUUUUUCUUUUACGCUUCAGUUUUUUUCAUAAGAUUCAUGUUUAACUUCACUAUUAAAUAUUUUAAUUAUCUGAUACAUUUGGAGAUAUAAUUUGAUAUAGACUGCUUUAGCUUUACUUAUGUCAUGAUCUGUGUCUUAAAUAAAAACGUUUAAACCAAA